AGCCCCGGCGUUCGGCCCUUGCCAGGGUAUAAAAGCUAGGGCUCUCCACUGAGGGGGCCAGCACGAGCCAGCCUACCCCACACGGCACUACAAGCUGUACACGCAGAAUCUCCUGAUCCCUCACCAUGUCUCAGACCGCCAAGUCCGCCUCCAGUCAGGGCACUGAUGCCAAGGACAAGGGAGCCCCUGCCCCCGCUGCCACCAGCAAGGCCACCAAGACCGGAGACCCUGGCAUGGGAAACUUCAAAAUCAUGCUGUUCGACCAGGAGAACUUCCAGGGCAGAAUGAUGGAGAUCCAGAACGAGUGCAUGAACGUGUGUGAACGCGGCAUGGACAGAGUGCGCAGUAUCAUCGUUGAGUGCGGCCCCUUUGUUGCCUUUGAGCAGACUAACUUCCGUGGGGAGAUGUUCAUCUUGGAGAAGGGAGAGUACCCUCGCUGGGAUACCUGGAGCAACUCUUACCGUAGCGACUGCCUCAUGUCCCUCAGGCCCAUCCGCAUGGACAGCAUGGAGCACAAGAUCUGUCUGUUUGAGCUCUCCGACUUCAAGGGCAAUAAGAUGGAGAUCCAGGAGGAUGACGUGCCCACCCUCUGGGCGCACGGCUUCACUGACAGGGUGGGCAGCGUGAGGGUGCCCGGCGGAGUGUGGGUGGGUUACCAGUACCCCGGAUACAGAGGCUACCAGUACCUGUUUGAGUGUGGUGACUACAGACACUACAACGAGUUCUGUGCCUUCCAGCCCCAGAUCCAGUCCAUGCGUCGCGUCAGGGACAUGCAGUUCCAUCAGCGUGGUUGCUUCAACCUCACUUCCGCCAGCAAGUGAGUGAACUCUGGUGGACGGAUGCUGUAACUGCAGCCAGCCCUCCCUCACUCAACCCGCCCAACAGGCGCUUUUUAUUUCUCCAACCCUAUCCCUCCUUUCCUUCCCUUCACCCACCCUCAUCCCUCCAUCCUAAAGGGAUAGAAUGACAGCAUCGUACCAACUGGAACAACCUAAAUGACUUUUUAUGAUGCCAAAUAAUAAACAUGUUUUGAAAAACUUGAA